AUGUUGAAGAAAUAUUUGUGCAUUUUGUGCGUUGUUUCUGUGACUGGUAUAAAGGUUGUGUUUGAAAAUUUUGUACAAGAAAGCGGUUAUGAAUAUGGCACCUUUGAUAUACGUGUGCGAAAAUUCAAUCGAACUGUGACGUCAUUGAACGGAUCGGUCUUCCUACACCAAUGGAUCGACAACAGUAUAGUGUUUUCGUUAGAUUUAUUUCACAGCCGGCUCGGAAACCAGCAGUUCAAUCACUAUCCAAUGAAACUGCCUUCGAGCGGUACGUGUGACUUUUUGGACAACUUACAAUCCACCUAUGGGGAAUAUCUAGGACCGUUGAAAAAUAUACCUGCUAUAGGCGAGUGUCCAUUUUCGCCACGAACCAUCGAUGUGAUCGAUUAUGUUUUCCCAUCGGAACCAGUCCCAAAGGUGAUGCCUAGAGGUCUUUGGAAAGCAUUGCUAACUGGGAAAAUAAAUGAAGAGGAAAUAGUUUCUUAUUACGUACUCGUGAAAGGAUAUGAUGAUUUUUAA